CCAAACACACACCAAGUCUAAUUUGUUAAGCCGAUCUAGUCAAACGUCCUUUUAAACCAGACACCGUUGGUGGAACGAGACGGGUAAAAAACACUGGAGGAAAAAAAAAAAGAAAUCCUCUGUAUGUUCUGAAAAACCGUUCCAUUCCUGUGAUGUUCCGCAAAGACCAAAGAACAUAACUUUUUUGCUUUCAUGAAACACACUUUUUGAAUUCAAAGCCCCAUUCAUUACCUGAUAAUCAAUCUCUCCCAAAAUAUUUCUCUCUCUCUCGGUCAAAAUAAGAACAAGCUCCCCAAUUUGUCAUUGCCCCAGAAGAACAUUUAUCAACAGUAUUUAGGGGAUGGAACAUUUGAAAUGAGAUGUUGAGGGGACAAACCUGUGCAUAGAAUUGAAGUUUGUGAUGGAGCAUUUGGGCCAAAUAGAAGAGCGUAUUAGAUGCCUAGAAGCAGUAGUUUUCAGGGCUAGGCAGCGUCAGAGGCAGCGACCGAGUCAUGCUCCAAUUCAGGUAACUAACUAUGCAGGAGAAUUGGGAACAGUAGCUGAUCUACCAGCCGAAGAAGAAAGGUUGCAUCAAGAGUUUGGUGGUAUUGAUGUUGGAGGAGAGAUGGUGGGAGAUGGGAGAACGUGUAAAAGGAAGGCUAGCUAUUUGGUUGCUAAAGCAUUGGGUGUGGAAACCAGUCAGGGUGAGGGUUUUGCAACAAAUUUGUUUCAUUGUAAUGUAUGCUUGGACAGGGCAAGAGAUCCGGUUUUGACCUGUUGUGGUCACUUGUUUUGCUGGCCAUGCUUUCAUAAGUUGUCGUAUGCUUAUUCAGAUGUCAGGGAAUGUCCGGUUUGUAAAGGAGAUGUCCCUGAAGAAGGAAUUGUCCCAAUAUAUGGCAAUGUAAGUGUUGAUAACAGUGGCAAGUUUGACUUGAAUGAAACUGAUUCGACAGUUCCUGCUCGACCUCGUCCACAUAGAAUUGAGAGUAUUAGGCAGCGGUUCAGAUAUUGAGGAGCUUCUUCUACAAUCCAGGUCAUACUGUGGUUUGGUAACUUCUUUGUUGGAUUGGGUGACCAAGUUCAGUUAGAAAUCUCCUCCUGUGAAAUUGAUAGAAGAACCGGUGUUGUUAAAUGGUGGCGCUAUGACCGCCAUGGCGGAAUGGCAUGGUGGGUUUUUUGUCAACUGCGAUAGGCAAUUUGUGAUGGGAGGCCCGCUAUGGCAGUGCUAUAGGCUGCAAUGGUUUAUAUGUCAGAGUUUUGGCCUUCCACCAUAUUCUGCCAUCCACCAUUGAUAACACUGGAUAGGACUAAUGUUUUGGCCGCUCAUUAUCACUGGGAGACAGAAUGUAAUCAGCAUAGUCCUUCCUGUCAAUAUUUUAGGUUUAUAGUGCAAGGAGCUACUUUAUUUUCAUCCCUUUUGUUGGUAGUUAUUUCUAAGAUUUUACAGAAAUUUUAUUUGAGUAACUUGAAUAGCAUAUCCAUUGACCCUAGCAAGGCAUCUGACACCUAAAUCGUCACUAUGUCAAUAGAGACUCACCAUUUAGCAUUUGCUACAAAACAGAGUUAUACUGUUGCUGCAACCACUUUUGCAGCCUCAUCUUCCGUUUCUUCUUUAAGUAGGAAUGAUGGCAUUUAUACUGUUACAGACU